CUUGGUAGUUUCACUACACAAGUCGAAGCCAAAAAAAGUCGACAUGAGAACUCAGACAAUGAGGCUCAGGUGCGACCUCCCGGCACACAACUCUGUGCGGUACACAAGUCGAAACCAAGUCAAGAUGAAAACUCCGACAACGAAGCUCAUGUUUGACCUCCCGGCACACAACUCCGUGCCGGACAAGUACAUCAUGCCGGCGGAGAAACGCCCUCGCCGCCACGAGCUAGUGGAUGACGGCCUCUCAGUUGCUCUCCCCGUCGUCGAUCUUAAGAAAGGCCGUCCACAAGUCGCCCGCGAUAUCUUGGAGGCCGGCAAGGAGUUUGGCUUCUUCCAGGUGGUGAACCACGGUGUAGGGGAAGACGUGGUCCAGGGCUUCAGGGAAGUGGCAGCGGAGUUCUUGAGGUUGCCGGAGGAGGCCAAGCUGGAGUACUACUCCGAGGACCAGAGCAAGGCUUUCCGGGUAAUCUCCGGCUGUAUCACUUCCCACAAGCUGAUGAACGAAUGGCCAACACAGCCAGAAAUAUUUAGGGAGCGUCUUGCCAACUACUCGGUAGCGGUGCAGGAGCUGGCGUGGAAGCUCCUCAGGCUCAUCGCCGAGGAGCUCGGCCUGGAUGACCACAAUUUCUUCAAGGGUGACCUCACCGGCGGCGAGACACUGAUGAAUGUGCACUACUACCCACUGUGCCCUGACCCGAACCUGACGAUGGGCGUCCGUCCACAUUCCGACCGCUAUAUCAUAACCGUCCUGUCACAAGGCGACGUCGGUGGCUUACAGGCCAAGAUAGGGGGGCGCUGGAUCGGUGUUGAACCGAUACACAACGCCUUCGUUAUCAACUUUGGGCUCCAGAUGGAGAUUAACCAACGGGCUUCUUGCAAGCGUGGAGCACCGGGUGGUAACCAACUCUGCUAAGGCGAGGAUGUCGGUGGCAUCGCUUGUCAGGCCCAGGGUGGACUGCAGGAUCGGUCCAGCAUCGGUGAUGGUGGACGAGGAGACAAACCCUCCCAAGUACAGGGACUUCACAUACAGCGAGUUCACGGAAGCGUACGAGGCCACUCUUGGCAACAGGGAGGCCAUGCUUGACUUCUUCAAGAUCCAGGCCAUCACAUCCAAUGGAGCUAAGAAUGAUUGAGCAUACGUACACACAGAUUCCAUGAUCUCCUUUCAUUACUUCACCAUGUCUUGUAUUACUACUCUACUCCCAAUAAUUUCUUUCUUGGCAGCGCUGCUUGCUGCUUAUUCCACAGCGCCUGCGUGCGCUUCUCUUUUCCUUUUCCAGUUAUUGUAUGCUACUGUAACUUCUUGAAGUUCUUUGGGAUCAUGUAAGUGUUGGCCGCCGUUCCCAGCUGUUCGGCUUGUUUUCUAUGGAAAAGCAGGACCUUGUGUUUUGCUUGUUUUUGCAUUUUGAUAUUGUUGCUACUUUGUACCUAA